AAUAUAGCUAAUUUAUAAAUUUUCGUUAUAUUUUAUAUUAAAACUUUAAGUAUACAAUGAAAAAUAAGUGAAAACAAUAAUCAGUCCUGGAGGCAAGACGGACCAUCCUGCCUCACCCUCCCUUCCUCGGACGUCAACUUGCCUGUCAAAAAAGAGUGUGGGCCAGCCAUGUCCAGCUACCAGGAUGACAACAGUAUUCCCCUGGUGGAUGACGACCCCUCAGUGGUGCUGGAUGAUGACAGAACGGCUGCCUCUGAAAUCUCUGACUCCACAAGGGGGCAGAGCCUGGAGUCAAUUCCUUCUUCCUAUACUAAUGGUUCCACCAGUCCCCUCCACAACAGUGAGUUCCUCAGUCCCUUCAUAGGUAGUGGUCUGGAACCAGACAUUUCACCAGACGAGCAAGAGGAGAAGGCCCGCCUCAUUGCUCAAGUGUUGGAGCUCCAAAAUACUCUUGAUGAUCUCUCCCAACGUGUGGACAGCGUCAAGGAGGAGAACCUGAAGUUGCGCUCUGAGAACCAGGUGUUGGGUCAGUACAUUGAGAACCUCAUGUCUGCCUCGUCAGUAUUCCAGUCCACCUCUCCCAAGACCAAGAAAAAUAAACAGUGGAGGCAGUUUGAGGCUUGAAGUGGUGGGAGAUUCUCGCAGAGGCACCUAACUCCCUCCUACUAGUGUUAUGGUCAGAGCGUCUUCUGUAGUGUCGUCAGGGGCAAGCCUGGACCUACCUAGUCAACCCUGGCACAUCACCCUGCAAGGCCCCACUCCACUGCAGCUCUCUGUCUCUCUUGUUAUUCUGUCCAUACUUCUUACCAAGUGUUACUCUGCCUUCCCCUUCUGUACCUGUGGUGUUACUGUUGCCCCAUAGAGACAGUAUGACAUGUAUAAGGAUCACACUUAUCUUAAGUAAUCCAAGUAUGAAUACACUAUUUUUGUGAUCCUUACACUGAUAUUAUUUCUUUGUAGUAAGAACACAAUAUUUAUAUAUUAUAUUCUGAUAAUAUGUUCACAUUGUAGCUCAUAUUAAAGUACUGUUCAUCUGCAGACAAUUGUGAUAAUGUAAAUCAUUGGGAAAACAUGUUCCUUGUUUUUAGAGUAGCAUGUUAAUAAUUUUCAAGUGGUCUUUGCUUCAAAAGCAAUUUCUACUUUUCAUUCCAGAUUUUUAUUCACAAAGGGAUUCUUUUCACAUCACAUUUUCACCUGUGAGUGUUAUCUCAAUGUUCCAAAUGCUAUAUAAUUGUUCUUGCUGUAAUGCAAUAAGCUUUAAUGUACAGUUUGAUGUUUGAGGUGUUCAUAUUUAUGAUUACAACAGAUCCCAGAUAUACUCAGCAAAUGACUGCAGCUUCUUAAGUUAUAUGUGCGGCUCAGAUAUAGUAGUGCAUACACAGUGACCAUGUUAAUUCUGUUAUGCACAAAGCUUACCACGAGAAUGACAUUAUAAGUACGGUAAAAUCCCUCUCAUCUGGCAUUCGAGUAUCCAGCAGCUUCAAGUAUCCGGCACAGUUUUCCCCAAGCCUUAAAAUCAAUAAAAAAUCAAUGUGUACUCAUAAAAUUGAUUAAAAUUCCCACGCGAGGCAUACUUUGUCCCCUCGCCACCAGAGCGCACUGCUUCACACCACCCGCGGCCCACUGCACUGUGUUUACUCAGUGACUCAGUCCCGCGUGUGCACUGUUUAUCGCCUGACGCCUUCAUCAUGCCUAAAGUUGUAGAAAAGAGGAAGCGUGUUGUGCUUACACUUAAGCAGCUGAUCAGAUCAGUUGCUGAUUAAGAUCAGCUGAUCUUUGUUAUGGUAAGAUGCGUGAGUGUAGGGUGGUGAUUGUGGACAUAAUUUCACUUCUAUUCAAGUAUCCAGCAUGUCGGCGGUCCCGUUGAUGCCGGAUAAGAGGGAUUUUACUGUAUACAUGAUAUUUCCCAAAAUCAUUGGUUGUCUUAUUAAUUAAGCACUAUAGAGACAGAGCCUAACAAAACUUGUUUAUUUAAAAGUAUGCUCAUAUGGCAGCAUAUACCCAUUAGCCUUACUUUAAAAUGUCUCCGAACUAUUUACUGUUAGUGGUAAGUUAGUGUGAAGACAUUUGUGCAUAUUCUCUUUAUUUUUUGUAAUACAUUGUUUUUUCCUUCAUCAUAACAUUCUCUUGUGCAAAAAAGUUUUCUUUUUAUAUGAACUAGCUUUCUCACUUCUCUAAGUCUCACAACUUGAACUUUACAGUUAUUCUAGGAAUUACAACUUAUACAUUAAAUCACACUAUACUACCUUAAAAGCUCAUGAUUUAUAUUUAUUUAAUAAUAAAAGAUUCAAGUGUAAGGAUGCCAUCACACUUUAUCUAUAUACCAGGCUGAUAUUUCCAAAUGGUAUUAACAUAGGCAGGAUACCUUGCGUUGUCCCACUGCAGGGUAAAAAAUACAGACAAGGGGUCUCAUGUCCCCUCACUCUGUCCUACUUUCAUGACACACAGGGAAUAAGGUAACAGUAUUCUUCCUACACAGCGGCAGGCAGAGCAGCAAGACUGUCCCCCAGCCACAGGGAGGUCGCACUAUAUACAAGCACUAAAAAUUUACAUAUGAUUAUGCACAGGUACAUACAAAUGUUGGUGUUAGUGUGUAUAGGAAAGACAAGGAAUGUGAAGGGAAAUUAAAGCCCAUAUUUAAGGUAUUUCCAUUAUGCAAGAGCUAUAGCUUGGCAAUUCUUGACAAUUUAGUAAGCAUUUAGAUUUUUGUAAGUCAAUCUUGUAUUUUCUCCCACAAAUUGCUCUCUGUUAUUCCUAUUUCAUGUAGUCUCAAAACAAAAAAAUCUCAAAUAUAAAGUAUUUAAGACUGCCAUAGCAACUGCCUGAAAGACUGUACUAUAUAGAAUCAUGUCAAUACUUACCAAGUUAUUAAUUUAUCGUGUAUCAUUCCAGCAAGUUGCUGUGACAUGCAGGCAAUGACUGAGUUUGGUUCCUGGAAAACUUAUAAUUAUGCAAUUCGUUACAAAAUAUAUUAAUAAUCUAGAUAAAAUACAGUGCAUUCACUGAAACUCUAAAACACCUCUACACAUACUAAUCUUCAAAAACCCCAACUUCUGGCUAGUGGAAUACAAACACCCAUCUGUAAUAAAAUAUUUUAGUUUUGUUAGUUUCUUAUAUAUUUUUAUAUGACUAGUGUUGUCAAGCAUAUAAAAUAAUAAUAUACAAUCACCAAUCAUGAAAAUAUUAUAUAAUUUUAUUAAAUAAUUGCUGCAUUGGCAACAUAAAUUAAUAUAAUUUUCUUUUACCAUCUACAAGAAUGUUCCAUUCAUUUGAGUAUGAGUGUAGGGGAAUACAGCAUUUUAUUAGUGACCCUUGUAUUAUUCUUUCUUAUUAUUUCUCAUUUCUUCAUGAUGUAAUAAAAACUGUGCAGGCACUUCUAUACCAAUCAAAGAAAGAAAAACUUUAUUCAUGUUCACUGUCAUAACCUUUCUGACCCAUCUGCAUUUCAAAAUUUUGUGAAAAGCUCCAAAUAUAGGAUAAAAGUUGUGGUGAUUAAGAAUCGGAAAGAAAAAGUGUCACUUAUAAGAAGCUGCAGUCAUACAUGUAAAUUGCUAUUAAAUACAUAAUUGAGAUCCCAA